GAUGGAGAUCUGGCUACACCUGCUGUGACUCUGUUCCCUCCAUCCACUGAAGACCUCAAGUCCAGCAGAGCAACACUGGUGUGUCUGACUAGUGACCUGUCUCAGAGAUCCAAGGGGUUGGCAGAUGUCAGCUGGAUGUCUAGCGGUGAAUCAGUAACAGAAGAUGUUUCUACCAGCCCUGCUGAGCAGCAACCAGACAACACCUUCAGGAUCAGCAGCUAUCUGACCAUUCAGACUGCAGACUGGGACAAGGACGUGGUGUUCACAUGUAAAGUGUCGUUGGGGUCGACAUUCUCUGAGAAAGAGAUCAGAAAGACUAGUUGCAGUCUGUAAAUCAAUAGUUUCAGACAAUCAAUACAACUGGUAGUUUGUUAAUGCUUCAGAAUGAGUGCAGCUGUUAUUUCAUUAGAACUGUUAAGUGAUGUUUUGAUCUUUGCUUUGCUGUUAAAUAUAGAAGUUAAAAUCCUAACAACAUGGAUGUUAUUGGGCUGAAGUCUGAAUGCAGCAGUGAAUAGUAUGACCAUAACCAAUGUAAUGUCAAAUAGUUGUUUCUCAUCACAAGUUACUAUUGAUGCAUUCAUUGUACCAGCAUCAUGUUCUCUAGAACAUAACAUCUGAAACACUGUCAUGAUGACUAGAUCUCUCUACUAUUGUGAAAUGAGUUGAAUUACUAAUGAUAAAGGAAUAGUUAGAGCUUUGUUGUAUUGUGGAUAUUCAAUAAAGAACAUUCUAAAGAACAA